AUGUGGCCGGCUGGAGGGGCCGGCAAGGGGCCGGCUCCGCGGGAUUCGGCGCUGCGGAAAGCGGCGUUCUCCGGCAACCUUUCGGCUCUGCCGUUGCACCUGGCGCCCAGCGGUAGGAGCGUGCGGGUCUUCGUCAGCGCCAACCCCGAAGAUACGGUUGCAGAAAGAAACGCUUUGCGAGAACACGUGUACCCCAAGCUACGGGAAUUCUGCAGGGAAAACUAUGGGAUGGAAUUUCAGGUGAUUGAUCUGUACUGGGGAGUGGAGCCAGAAGAAUGGGAUGGCCCAGACCUCCAAAAGACUCGUAUGAGGCUCUUAGAAGAUUGCCUGAAAACUUCAGCAGGUCCAUGUUUUGUUGGUCUUCUGGGAGAAAAAUAUGGAAGCAUCCGGAUCCCGGGGGAAGUGGAAUCCUCCGAAUUUGAAAUGAUUCUGGAUGCCGCUGUUGAGGCAAAGCUGGAAACCAAGAUUUUGGAAGAGUGCUACUGCCGGGAUGAGAAUGCCGUGCCCCCAACUUAUUACCUCAAACCGAAACCUGACAUUCUGAAGAGCAAUCCCAAUAUGAUGGAAGCCUCUUGCAACCCUGUCAGUGAGAGCAAAUGGCAGGAGAUAUCAGAAGAAAUUAAGGUGAUGUUUAAGACAGCCGUGAAGAUACUGUAUGAAAAGGGGAAAAUGAAACACAGUCAAGCAAAGAGAUAUCUUUCCUCUGCUAUCGAAGACGAAUUCGAUUUUGCCUUAGGAAAACAAACCCCGGCUUUUUUAAAGAAGUGCGUUUGCUACAUCCGGAAGAUUGCCAACAUCGAACGUUUUGUGAAAAAUCCCGAGAUGGAGAAAUACAUGGACGUGCUUCGCGGAGGUGGGAAGUUUCUGAGGGAUCCGGAAGCACUUGAGAAACUCAUCCGACUCAGGGACGAAUUUGUACCUACCAUUGUGGCUUCUUCCAACUUGAGAGUCUACACUUCCGUUACCCAUUGUGACAUCAAGUACGGUUACACCCAAGAAGUGGAGAGCCACUACAUUGACGGUCUUGGCAAACAGUUCUACGAAGACAUGAUAGACAUCAUCCAAGCAACAGUCCAACAGAAUUUCGACAUAGAGACAGACUGGAUUUAUGAUGAAGUCCUGCAACAUUCCUCUCUGUGUAGAACCUACUCUUCCUUCUAUGAAUAUAGAUGUGAGGCCAGAACUAUCAUGCGCAAAUACCUCCUGCCUAAGAAAAUGGGCCACAUUAAUCCUCUUAUUGUCUAUGGAGGGCCAUGCACCGGAAAAACAUUUUUAUUAGCAGAAGUGGCAAAGAAGGCUUAUGCUUGGCUGAAGGAAGAGAUGGGACCGGAAUCGGAUCCCGUGGUGAUCAUAAGAUUUAUAGGAUCUACAGAGAUGAGCACAGACCUGAGGACUCUCCUCCAAAGUAUUUGUGAACAGUUAGCAAUCAACUAUCGAUGCCUAGUGCAAAGCUACCCGAAAAAGACCCAUGAUCUCCGAGACUUGUUCAUUAACCUUUUGAAUGAGUCCACCUUUCAUCGACCCCUGGUUUUAAUCUUUGACGCUCUGGAACAGCUGGCUGAUCACGAGGACGCCAGGAAAUUGUGGUGGCUUCCGGUUCACCUGCCUCGUUCAGUCCGAAUUAUCUUGUCCACACUGCCAAACAAGCACAGCAUCCUCCAAAAACUGAAGAGCCUUAUCCACGACGAAGACAACUACAUCGAGCUGACAGCAAGGGACAGAAAGAUGUGCAGUCAAGUACUCAAGCAACAGCUGCUCCAAGUGAAGAGGAAAGUCACAUCGGGGCAACAAAUCUAUGUCAACGAGGCUUUCUCUAAGUGCACCCUGCCGAUGUUUGUAAACUUAACCUUCCGAGAGGUUCGAAGUUGGAAAUCUCACAAGGAUGUCGAUGGGUCUUCACUCUGCAUCACUGUUCAUGAUGGCAUAGAACAUAUGUUCUGGUCUCUUCAGAUUAGCUGCGGGUCGAAACUUUUAUCCCGAGCUCUUGGCUACAUCACCAUGUCCAAAGCUGGCUUGAGCGAAAUGGAAUUGGAAGACAUUUUAGCACUCGAUAACACCGUCAUGCUCGAACUAAGUCAACGCAUCCAACACCUCAAUCCAUUGAGAGUACCUUACAUCUACAUCGCAAAACUGAAAGAAGGCUUAACAGGAUACCUGAUAGAAAGACAAGUGAAAAACGUAACCCUUUUAGUUUGGGCUAAUCGGCACCUACAACUGAUUGCCCAAAAGAUAUAUCUUCACAGUGAAGAAGACGUGCAUGAAAUGCACAUGGUCAUGGCAGAGUAUUUUCUAGGAGUUUGGUCUGGAGGCCGAAGGAAAUCACUUUACGGCGAAGAUCAGUAUCUGAACGGCUGCCUGGACAUUGACAGCAGGAGUAUGAACAAUGAAGAGAGGCACAUGAUGGACUUCAUGAAUUUUGACAGGCAGUGCCCUGAUCAGCCUUGGGUCUUUCAGUGCAACCCUUUGGAGCCCAACAUUUUUUUCAUUAACCACCGGAAAAUGACUGAGCUUUUGCACCACCUGACCAAGUGCGGGAAAACCGAUGACAUUUUGUACGGCGUCAUCAUGAAUUUCAGCUGGCUUUACACCAUGAUCAAAAUUGGACAGUUCGACAAAGCCCUUUCGGAUGUGGAGCUGGCCUACAACUACUCACAAGAAAAAGAGCUGAAGUUUCUAGCAACCACCCUGCGGGCCAUCAAACACAAAGUGACAAAAUACCCAGGGACCCUCUCAGCGGAAUUACAACAGAGGCUACUGCCAGUGGUCAGUUCCUUGCCCAAACUGAGACAGCUUCUUCUAGAGUGUGACAAAGAUGGUCCUAAAUAUUGUUCUAUUGUUCCACUUCAUUCUUCUAUGGAUGUCACUUAUAGUCCUGAAAGACUACCUCUGUCCUCCAGCUGCUCUCAAGUGACCGAAAUCCUACCUACCUUCAAUCCAAGUAUAGUUAUUGUUGCUCUGGAAAAUGGGUCCAUCAGUACCUGGCAUAUCGAGACUCGCCAACUCUUAAGGCAAAUUACAACUGCUCAGUCAGUUAUUUUGGGCAUGAAACUGACGACUGAUGAAAAAUACCUUGUGGUGGCCACCACCAAGAACACACUCUUGAUUUAUGACAAUCUAAACUCUUGUCUUCUCUCCGAGGUGGAAAUUAAAGGAUCAAAGCAUAGCGGGAUUGGAGUGAGCUCCAGUUUUAUAAAUGGAUUUGCCCUUUCUGUAAACCAUGUGCUGUCGUGGCUGGAAGCCAGUAAGGACAUCACGGUGAUCGAUCUACUGUACGGGUGGCCCCUUCAUCAAUUCCACUGUUGGUAUGAAGUCACUUGCAUCCAGUGUUCAGGAGAUGGGAUGUACGCGUUCUGUGGACAACAUUUGAACACGGCAUCGAUAUUUCAUUUGGGCAGUGGUGACAAGCUGGCCACAGUGACCUCUGAAUUCUCGGGAGGGUUUGUUAAAUUUCUUCUCAUUUUAGAUGCAGCUCAAGAGAUGGUCAUGGUGGACAGCGAAGGGGCCCUCUCUAUUUGGAACACAGAGGAAAUUUCCCACCCUCAAUUAAUGGAUGACUUUGAUUGCAGGAGAGGGGAUAGCGAAUUUGUCAGCCUUGAACUUGCUGAAGACCAAAGUGCCAUUUUAAUCUGCAAAUCUCUCAGUAUUGACCUGCUGGACACGAGCAUGUGGAAAGUCGCAGAAAAGUUUAGAGCGAAAAGGAAUGAGCGCUUCAUCUCAGCUGCAUUAUCCAAAAACGGAGACUGCAUCGUUGCAUCUAUCGAAAACACCUCUGCCAUUUUCGUUUGGAGGAGAGAUAGCGGGCAGUGCAUGGCGACCUUACAAGAAAUCUCAGGAAACAUUGUCAGGUUGAUGAAGUCAAACCAUCACAACAUGCUGCUCUCCUUGUCCACCAGUGGGGUCCUUUCAGUAUGGGACAUCGAUAUUAUCACUGCAAUGUCCAACAUUGACAAAACUGGCAAGCCCAUCCAAAGACUGGUUUUGCCCGCCAAGGGGGAAGCGAUGUACACAUUGGAUGGAUCUGAAGCUAUCCAUAAAUGGAACUUCAGCACGGGAUUCAUUGAAGCAAUAUUUAAGCAUGAAAGCCUGGUUGAAAACUGUGUCCUGACAUCCAACGGGAAAUUGAUGAUUACGUCUGAUGACAAAUGCAGCCAGUAUGUGUGGCAAACGGAUUCCGGCGAAAAUCUCUUCCGCAUCAAUGGGCAAAGGAUAUGCCAACUGUUGAUAACCCACAAUGACCAGUUUGUGGUCUCCCUCUGUGAGCAAAAUGCAUCCAGGGUUUGGAGGUUGUCGACUGGACACCGUGUGUGCAACAUUCUUGUGGCCUUGCAGAAUGCAUUUAUAACCACAGCGAACACCUUUGUGGUUGGAAUGACAAAGAACAAAAUCUUAGCGGUCAGCCUGUGGACUGGUAGCAUAACCAAGAAGCUUUCUUGUGAUGAUGGCAUCACCAUUGUGGAUAUCAAACUUGUCCCAGACUGCCCGGAUAGCGUGAUCUUUAUCACAUCUGCUGAAACCGUGAACAUCUGCAGUCUUACUGAAGAAGUUGUCUCUAGACGUUUACAGCUGCCUAAUAGCUUCUUGAAAAAGUUAGAGGAUUUUGAAAUAUCGCCCAAUGGAAAACUGGGGAUUCUCUCUCGUGGAGAUGAGAACAUCAACAUCCUGGACCUUCACAGCGGCAAGCUUCGAGUGGUCCAUGCUUCGGGGAUCAUCUGGAGGCAGAAGCUGUCUCAGGACGGACGCUAUCUGGUGUACAUUUGUUUCCGCGGCGGGGAAGAUGACGAGGAUAACAGCGCCAUCUCUAUCUUAAUUGUAAUGAGGUUGGCAGAUGGCAAAAACAUCGGGGCCUGCUCACUCUACAAAACCCCCACUUCCCUAACUCUUUCCCAGAGGCACCUGAACAUCAUUGUGGGCUUCGACGAUGGAAGCAUCUCCACGUAUACUGUGGUGGAUCGCGUGGAUGCCGCCCUGAAAAUCAAAAUCGCUACUUCCAACAGCCGGCAGAUUUUCAACAACGCCAGUCAGGUGAUGAAGCCAAAGUGUCACCAUUACACCUUCAAAGCGACUGCAGACUGUAUCUGGAGAGAAUCGACAGAGGUGUUUGCGAGAGACAGUCCCAUCACCGUGGUCGAUGCAGAGACCAGCGACACCACCCCCACCAAAAAACACAACUAUUGCUACGACAAAGUGUGUUCUGCCAUAGACUGCCGAGUGUUCACUGCUGGCAACUGA